UUGGCGGUUCUGCUGCUGCUGCUGCCGCCCCGGGUGCUGCCACCUCACCCUCACACCCCCCUCCCCCUCCUCCGGCCGAGAGAAGGAGGAGGCAAGCGAUGGCGCUGCUGCCGGCCCCACGCCGCCGCCGCUGCUCCGGCCGCAGCAGCCGGCGCCGAUGCUUCUGACGACACCCCGUGCGUGAGCGAGCGGCGAUUGCCGUCGUCGCGGGCUGUACCGCCGUGUGCUUCUGACGCCGCCGCGUGUUUCAGCCGGAGAGUAGUAGUAGCAACGAGCGUGGUGCGUGCGCGACAACUCCCGAUGCGGGUGGAGCCCGAACUUCAGCCCGGGCAGUGCAUGGCCUUCACGCCGUUCCUGUUGCCCGGCGCCACGGCCAGUUCGAGCCCGCCGGCGCGGAGCCCGUCGGACUUCUCGAUGCACUCGAUACUGAGCCAGCAGCCGCCGUACCUGCCCCUGGGGCUGCCGCCGGUGUUCGGUGCCGCGCCUCAGCUGUUCCCGGGCGCCGGUCCCAAGCUCGUGGGGCCCCCCGUGCCCGCCGUCCCUCCGCUGGGCGCCCAGGCGCAGCUCACCCCCGAGGAACUGCUGGCGGCGCGCCACUUGCGGCCGCCGCCGGGCUUCGAGCCCGAAGACGACGGCGUCCAGGACGACCCCAAGGUGAACCUCGAGGGAAAGGACCUGUGGGGACGGUUCCACGAGCUGGGCACCGAGAUGAUCAUCACCAAGUCGGGCAGGCGAAUGUUCCCGCCUUACAAGGUCCGGGUAACGGGUCUGGACAAGAAGGCCAAGUACAUCAUGCUGAUGGACAUCGUGGCCGCCGACGACUGCCGGUACAAGUUCCAAAACCGGAGAUGGGUCGUGGCCGGCAAGGCUGACCCCGAGAUGCCGAAGCGGAUGUACAUCCACCCGGACUCGCCGUCGACCGGAGAGCAGUGGAUGCAGAAAGUGGUCUCCUUCCACAAGCUCAAGCUCACCAAUAACAUCUCCGACAAGCACGGCUUUACCAUCCUGAACUCGAUGCACAAGUACCAGCCGCGGUUCCACCUGGUGCGGGCCAACGACAUCCUCAAGCUGCCCUACAGCACCUUCAGGACGUACGUGUUCAAGGAGACAGAGUUCAUCGCAGUCACUGCUUACCAGAACGAGAAGAUUACGCAACUGAAGAUCGACAACAACCCGUUUGCGAAGGGCUUUCGGGAAACUGGUGCCGCGAGGAAAGAUAAGAAGAAGUACGCGCUGCCUCCGGCCUCCAAGUCACUUCCGGGCGGCGCCCUGGCCCCGAGCGACGUCAGCUGUCCCACCAAGAUCGACGUGGACGACUCGUACUACAGCGACGACGACCGGCGGACGGAGCAGUCGCUCUCGGCCGACGAGACCUCGUCGGCGGGACCGCCCGGUGGCGACCUGUCGCCGAGACUGCACGGCCGGUCGCCCGGCUCGCCCGACCACCACGGCGGCCUGGGAGACUACCUGCCUUUCGCCGCGGCCGCAGCGGCCGCUGCGGCGGCCGGCGGCGGAGGUCCGCAUUCGUCGUUCCCGCUGCAGUACCUGUACAACCAGAGCCUGUACCAGCAGAGCCUCAUGCUGCAGGACAUGCUCAUGUCCUCGGCGGCCGCAGCCGCGGCCGCGGCGGCCGCUUCCAACAACGCGUCCCCGACUUCGGCGGGGCGGCCCGGCGCGUCGCCGUUCGGCUUCAACCCUUUCUCGGUGCGCAAUCUCCUCAUGGCUAACGAGCAGAGCUACCUGAAGGCGCCCAGCCCGCUCAAGGCGGCGGCCGACGAACACCUCAAGAGUCAGCUACGCUUCUUCCCGUACCCGCUGCCGGCGUGGCGGCUGCCCACGGGGGCCGGGGACACGUCUCCUCCUCCUCACCAACAGUCUCAACCUCCUCCUCAUCCUCCUUCCACCGUGGCACAGCCGCCAUCGAGACCCGGCUCCUCCUCGCCGCCGACGUCCAACAAGAGUUCUUCCGGCGUCGUUCCACCGUUCGGAGGUCUCCGGCAGGAGAAGAUGUGCCUCCUGCGAGAAGGCUCCACCGGAGAAGACCCCAUGUCCUCGGAGAGGUCAUCCGCGCCUGGCAGUCCUCUGGCGGCGACCUGUCCGACGACGCCGACGACCACGACGGCGUCCAUGUUGAUGAUGCGGGACCGCUGCUCGUCGGCGACUUCCAACUCCGCGUUCGAGGACGGCAGAGUGGGCCGUGACUCGGAGGAACUGGUCGACGGUAAUGACUGAAUAAGAGUCUCGCGUCGGUGACGCCGCGACCUGGGACCCCAACGGUGGUGUCGCGCCGUGAACCGUGUUGUCCCGCUCUCCUGCGGUGCUUGUGCGGACGCAGUAUAUACAUAGACGACGCGCGUUGUCCUCAGUGUGCUGUAGUGCUUGAACGAUUUCGCGUUACGCGGACUUGUCGAGAACUCUGUGGUGGUCGCGCGGUGUGAGUGUGUGUGUGUGUACAUCUCGUGCGCUGUGGUAUGAGAGGAGUGGGCCAUAUGCCUGCUGGCUCUCAUUUGAUUUCUUUUUCUUUUUAUUUUUUUCGUGAAUUUUGCUUGUCUCGACACCACGAGUUUGGAGAACAGUAUACAUGUUCACGCCACCGCGACGAAGUGACGUUGCGAGUGGUCUGCAAAUAAUACGCAGGAUUGUGCGUCGAAAAAAAAAUGGCGCCCUUUCAGCGCCGGACAUUUCGCACUCUUUGCAAAGAAUAGCAGCAAUCGGUACAUUGUAGGUAGCCUGUUCCCCACCAUUUCGAAUGUAUUUUUUUUUCCUUCAUAGUCGCAUUUCCUGUGAAUGCCCCGGGUGAUUCAAGCGCAGCGACUCGAGCGUGGGUGAUCAGAGGCAAAGCGCUUUCUCUCUUUCUCUCUUUCUUAAUCUCUGCGGCUCUGAUUGCUUCACUCGAGUGCGAUGACAACGCAAUACAACGAACGCAGCGGGGAGCGAUGUUUGUCCACUGCGAAAUGCUCUUACGUAUACCCACACCGUCACCGGUCCUCCACAAAUGGUCUUAUUUCCUAAGUUAUCGGCAUAUGCCGCGCCCGAAAUAAACAUUUAUGCCGUUGACAUCGCGAACCAAUAAUGGAAAUUCGCCCAAGGAUGGGUGCUCACAGUUUCAUGAGAGUCGUGAUGAAAUUUAACGAAAUUCCGCUUGUAACGAAAUUUCGUCCUUCAGGCUGAUGUGGAGAUGACCACGUCAGCGCAUUGAUGCCAAUUUGUUGGCAGGGGGGUGAAAUAUAGCAAAGCUUACCCAGCUUUGGGGGAGGAAAUAGAGAACCGGCAGUAAAUAUGUAAGUCACAUAAGAGAAGUGGUUCAUGUUACUGCCCGCUCAUUAUUGCAUAUGCGAUUUUCGACUUCACAUUCCUCAAUUACCUGCUGCAGGUGAAAAGAAAGAACAAAAGAAGGAAAAAAAAACACCUGCGUCAGAAUGAACUGUGUUGAUAUAUCCUUAAUAUGCACAACAAAUGCAAAGCGCAGUUCAGCGCACCCCGAAGUGUGCGCAUCAAACUUCGUAACUUUCACUUGACUUCAAAUGACUGAUUUACUGUAAACGCUCUAAGUGUCCUUCCCCGAAUACACCCCAGGAGGUCAAUAUAAACGUCCACUACCAAUCUUGCAGCACCAAACAUGCCUUCUCUUCUUUUCCACAUGCUACGCAGGUAUACCGACAAAGCCAUUUUCACGAGCGAACCAAACUCCGUCGCGGCCUUAACCAUCUCUGGGCCCACUCUCGGAGCCUGCACAGAUGGGCAGAUAGAGAGAGAGAACGAACACAGAACCUCAGAGCUGGAGCUGCAUCCUUUCAGCGCCCAAUCCUAUAUACAUAGAAUAUAACGCAUAUGUUCACCCGGGGCUUCGGGAGCAGUCCUUGUUUGUUCGUGGGAUUUAUGCAAUACUCCGCACAUCCGCGUCGUUUCGCCUCGGGCGCGAGGCGGGUAUAGUCCUGUGUGUGCAUACCUUGUCUAGUCAACUGCUGCAUCGACGCACGAGUGAAACAAAAAAAAAGCAAAAAAAAAAGAAGACACAAUAAAAGAAGGGACGUAAUGCAAAACGAAAGCCGAACUCAGUCGCGCAAAUUUCGACGCUGCACGCGAGGUCUUGCGACUUCGCGCAAAAGUUGCGCGGGGUCUGCGUGUGUGCGGCGUUUCUCCUCCCCCGACCGUCUCACGUGUAAACCGACGUGGCACGCGUCUCUGUAUGUCGUAUAGUAUGUGGUGCGACGGCAAUUCGUUUUUCUAUGGAGAGGAUUCAGACCUCGAGUGAUGGUGAAUGAGAGAGACCUUGGCGUGGCCAGAGGUGGCGUGAAGUGGCGUCAGCGCACUCUCGGAAAUGUUAACAUUUUUACGUGGCUGAAAAAGCCUUCUGGGAGAAAUAGAAACAAAACCCUUAUUCGACAAAAAAAAAAAAAAAAAGCAAAGGAGGUAGCUUCUCUAACUCAAGAGCUGUCCGCGAUGCGGUUGCGACGUCGUCAUGCCAACCGCUGUUGUCACGAUUCGUGAAGGCUCGAUCGUCCGCCAAUGACGAGAGGCGGCUACUACGGCGAGAGGCGUUUUGUAAAUAUGGGUUCUACGUCACGAGCAGGGUUUAAACACCCCAUGAAGUAAGGUCCUGGCUACGCUAGUGAUUGCAGAAAGAACGGACAGACCGAAGACAAAAGAACCGCGUAACUGCGUUUACGUGAAUGCGACAGCGUAGACGGCUCGUCAACUCUCCACCCGGGCUACAUGUAGAGCACGGCAUCUCGCGUCAUAAAGCAAAGACAACGUACUAGGAAGGCGCAUCGCCUCGAGUCGAAUCGACCUUGAGUAAGGAAGGAGUCGUGUCUAUCGAAGUGCGUGCAAGAACGCGACAUCGACUUGGAACCAGGGAUUACGGUAAGGCUUGGGGCCGGCUCUGCGCCAGUUGCCGAAAACAGUCGGUGAAUGCGCCGCUGUGCUUUUGACACGCGACACGAGAUGCCGCUGCCGCUUGCGCACUCGACUCGAUACGCUGCGUGAGAUACGAGCGUAUCGAGUUGAGUCAGUACCACGCGCUUCCGGUCGCACUCACGUAUACGCGGCUUGUGACGCCGUUGCAUUUAAGACGCUAGGUGCUAACGGAACCUGUCUUUGAAGGCUUGGAUAGUCACGUGACGUGUGCACAUGCAGCACAUACAACCGCGCACUGAGCCAAUCUGAGCACCACCUCUCUCUCACUUUCUCUCUGCGUGUAUACAUAUACGUGAACUUGUUUCUAGUUUUCGGGGGCGAUUAUUUAUUUAGUUCUUUGUACAAAAAGAGGACAAGAUUGUUCCUGCUUACAAGUGUGCGUCCCCCGCUUUUGAAGCGUGUGUUGUGGCGACGUCUGCGUGAGUGUGUCGGUUGUCUGUGUUUUGUUGCUGGCAAUCCUAUGUCCUAAGUUUGUUUGUUUCCUUACGGCAAUGCGCUGGCUGCUUGUUCGCAGCAGUGCCACCUUUCUUUUUUUUUUUUUUUUGCAAUUCGGUUUGAGCCUGCCCGUGACAGGCGACUUGAGCGUGUCGUUUGUUUGUGUCCUUGUUUGUUUUGUUGUUUUGUGUAACGUCGUGGACGUCCCCUCUGCGCACGAUAGCGCAGAGCCCCAUGUCACACCGACAGUUGAAGACAAAAUUAAAAAGAAAAGCGAGAGCAUUACACUGAA